GAGGCCAAUCGGUUUGACUGAGGGUGGGAGGGAGGGCUAGCCUGAGGAGGAAGGGGAUGGAUACGCCUGACCGUUCUGCGCCGGCGCUGGCGCCGUCGCCGGCGGCCAGGGCGGAGGAUUCCCCUCUUUUCAGUUUCAUCGAUAGCCUGUCUCCAAUUGAGCCUCUCAAGUCUGCAUAUUCAGCAAGUAGCAUCCAGGCAUACCAGUCUCUCAACAUCACCUCCAUUUCCUCCAUCUUCACUUCUCCGCAUGACAACGCGCAAAAGGAAUCGAAGCUAUCAAAGAGCUCCUUUGCUGAAUUUUCUGAAAGUGAGGUUUGUGCCGCAGAAGGCGAUAAAAACAAGCCAUCGAAAUCGUCAAAUGCUGUUAGGUUGUUUGCCUGCGCUAGUACUCUCACUCAAGCAACCCACAGAAUUACCUCUUCAGUAAGUGAAGGUACAGUAGUUCCUCCUGAAGGCUCGAAUGGUUUGCCUCAACCUGGUCAAUUCGAUGCUGGCAGUCCAGAUCACAACACGACACCUUGCCAUGGUGUCAGAUCAGAUCUUAAACAGGGCAAAUGUCGAAAAUUACAACCAUUCCAAGCAGCUAAAAACAAUACUUCGGAGAAAAGGAAAUGCUUGUUUUCUACUGAAGUCCAGCUCCUGGAUGGAUGCCAGCCGGAAAAACUCAAUGAUGAAAUCCUGGGAUGUGAGUGGGAUGACUUGAUUUCUGCUACUUCAGGUGAACUUAUAGCCUAUGACGAGGAUCACAAAGGAGUUCAGCUAGCAGUAAGUAAUGCAGAAUCAUGUGGAUUUCUGCUAUCAAAGCUUACAGGAGAUGGAGACAUCUCAGACAGAACUCAUCCUAGUUCGUCUACACAGACGUACUACCGUGAGUUGUUAAUGGAAGAUGAUCAACCAGAAAAUGCGCAACUAAUUCCGGAUGGUGAAAAGAACAUCUCAAGUGAAGAAAUCCAGGAUAACCUUUAUGAAGCAAAUGGAAGUAUUCCAACAGGAUACAAGGUUGAGACCCAACAGCAACGUGGCAUGCGAAGACGCUGCCUCAUUUUUGAGGCAACUGGGUAUUCAAAUAGCAUUAUGCAGAAAGAAUCAGUUAUGGAUCUGUCAGCCUCAACCUGCAAAGGCAAAAGCCCUGUGGAAAAUCACCCAAAUCCAGGGAAAACCCCAUCUCCACGUGUUUUGCGUGGUAUAGGUCUGCAUCUGAAUGCUCUUGCUUUAACACCAAAGGAUAAAAUGGUCUGUCAGGAUCCCCUGGCAUCUUCUUUGGUUCCAUCAUCUGCAACUCAGCAGGAAGCGCAUGGGAAGUUGCUGUCUGCUGGAGAGAAUUUCGCCCACCCAGGUUGCGAACUGCUAGAACUUCAGAUGGAUGAUGAUUGUUCAGCUGGAGCUUUUCUUGGAAACGAUCACAAUUCAAGUCAAAGCAACAGCCCUCAAAAGAAGAGACGUAAGGCUGAUAAUGGAGAUGAUGGUGAGGCAUGUAAGCGCUGCAGCUGUAAGAAAUCAAAGUGCUUGAAGCUUUACUGUGAGUGUUUUGCUGCUGGUGUGUACUGUUCUGAACCUUGCUCGUGUCAAGGGUGUCUUAACAAGCCCAUACAUGAGGAGAUUGUUCUUUCCACUCGCAAGCAGAUAGAAUUCAGGAAUCCACUGGCAUUUGCUCCAAAAGUGAUCCGCACGUCUGAUGCUGGUCAGGAAACUGGGUUGCAGGAAGAUCCUAACAACACUCCAGCUUCAGCUCGACAUAAGAGAGGAUGCAAUUGCAAGAAGUCAAGCUGUCUUAAGAAAUACUGUGAAUGCUACCAGGGAGGCGUUGGAUGCUCCAGCAACUGCAGAUGUGAGGGUUGCAAAAACACAUUUGGCAAAAGAGAUGCUGCUGUAUCAACUGAGGCUGAAGAAAUGAAGCAAGGAGGUGAAGAAGCAGAAAAUUGUGGAAAGGAAAAGGAAAAUGAUCUACAAAAGGCAAAUGUACAGAGUGAAGAUCAUCCAAUCCUUGAACUUGUCCCAAUAACUCCACCUUUCGAUGUUUCCAGUUCAUUGUUCAAACCACCAAACUUCUCGAGUGCAAAGCCACCAAGACCUACGAAAGCGCGCUCUGCGAUCUCAUCCCGCCCGUCUUCAAAAUCAGCUCAAGCUGCUCACUCACGGAAAAUUUCCAAGGCAGCUGAUAGUGGUCUGAAUGAGGAAAUGCCAGAUAUACUAAAAGAUGAUGCUUCUCCUGGUAACUGCGUCAAGACGUCUUCACCAAAUGGAAAAAGAGUCUCACCACCUCAUAAUGCACUCAGUGUUUCCCCAAGCCGGAAAGGUGGUCGUAAACUGAUACUGAAAUCCAUCCCCUCAUUUCCAUCACUUAUUGGAGACACAAGCAGUGGUUCAGCAAUGAACAGCUCCGAUAGGGCAUUCAGUACUGCAUCACCUCUUGCUUUAGGUCCAUCCUAAAAAGCUGGCUGCUGAUUAUGAGAGACCGGAGUACGACUUGUAGUCCGAGAAAUGCCUCACACCUGAAGCAUGCCAUUGAGGUACAAGAAGAGAUUAGUUUUUUAAGUUAGAUAUUAAGGUCUUGUAGUCUGUAUUUGUAUCAUAUGUAGUGCCAAUAAUCUGUAUGUAAGAUAGUAUGUUGUGAUGAUAAUGUUGUCUUUAUUGAAUUCUAUCAAUACUGUAUAAAUCGACCUCUGUGGAGGUUCAACUUCAAUGUUCAAUCCCAUCC